GCCGGCCAUGAAUUGCAACCCUGUUCAAUGAUUAUGCAGAAGGUUAGGUGAUAAUGACAUCGUAUCAAGAGUUAGCGAGUGAAAGAGAGAAUAGCUUUCUGUUUAUCGGGGGGUACCGACCAAGAGAGGCCGGAAUACGACAGUUGGACCACAACUCUGGACUCAGUAAUGGCAAGGAGGGUAACUUAGAAGUUGUCUCUGAAGUUUUAAAUCCUCACUGUGACUGUGACUGUGAAAACGACGUCUUGCCUGUGCCUCUGAACACGGCCAGCCCUCUGUCUCCGAGUCUGGACUUCUCACCCCCACCGGCCUGCCUCCACUACCCUCGUGUUCCCUUGCUCUUAACUGCACAAGAAUUCCCUGGACUUGGAUACGCUUCGUCAACAAGCAACACCCGAGAUGAGACGCACUGCGACUUUGGGCAAUUCAAUGCGCAUUUCCAAUUAUACACUCAUGACAGGCCUAAAAUUCACUUCGCCGUCGUGGAUAGUUCUUCCGCCGAUCCUAAGUGUACCUUAGAGGAUGUUAACCAACGGAGCAAAACUUUUGAAUGGAUGAAAGUAAAGAGAAGUCAACCGCGUGCGGACAAGAUGCACUUGACCUGUGGAUUGAGUAUCGUUGGCCGAGGCUUCAGUAUCGACCCAGGUGGCAGCCAUAUCGAAAUGGACGUGCAUCACGCUGCAAACGGAGUCCAUAGGACCAGCUUCAAUACCAAACAGCUCACGGAACUGGAGAAAGAAUUCCACUUCAACAAGUAUCUGACGCGGGCAAGGCGAGUGGAGAUAGCCGGCGCCCUGCAGCUCAGCGAGACGCAGGUGAAGAUUUGGUUUCAGAACCGACGCAUGAAGCAGAAAAAAUUACAGCGAGAGGGUCUGGUCCUCGGGCUUCCGGCAUCUUCGAUCUGUGCAGAGAGCUCACGCUCUAGUCGCCUGGACACCUGCCCCACGCCUGAACCGUCUUCACCAAAAACACCUGCCCUCGAACACUGAACUUAACGACAUGUCUCCUGCGUUACUUGGGAAGGUUUGUGAUACUACCAAUAGUGUGGAUGACUCCAAUCUAAC